AAAAAACCCUAGUUUCAUACACAUGGACCAGUGCCACACAGGUGAAGACGUAGACCGGACCCUGGUCACGACCGAGAAGUACCGUGGGGUCCGUAAGAGGAAGUGGGGAAAGUGGGUCUCUGAAAUCCGUGAGCCCGGGAAGAAGUCGAGAAUCUGGCUGGGAAGCUUUGAAACUCCACAGAUGGCAGCAACGGCCUACGAUGUAGCCGCGUUGCAUUUGAGGGGCCACAGCGCACGGCUCAAUUUCCCCGAGUUUGCAGACCGGCUUCCACGGCCAACACGGUCCGACCCAAAGGAUAUCCGGUCAGCUGUUAUGGAAGCGGUCUCGCUAUUGAGGAAUCCGGUCAUUAUUCCUAGUAGCGUAUGCGAUCAUCCUUCAACAGCUGGGGUUAUGGCGAGUCAACUCAGCGAGUUGCCGCCGUUGGAGUCACCAAAAAUGUGGAUUGAGUUGGCUGAAGCAUUGUUGAUGUCACCUCCUCAUUUUGUAUUUGAUGAAAUGAGUACUAACAUGGAAGAUGUGCAACAAGAAUCUCUUUGGGAUUACUAUUAUAAUUACUGACAAAUGCUCUAGUUAGGAAUUUAAUUAAGUUACAGUUUCUUGUAUGUGGCCUUAUGUAUGAGUAUGGUUGACAAAAAUUGGAUUAUGUUUGCUAAUAAAAGGCCUUGUACACAUGAUUGGA